UGUAUAGUGGUGAUGUAUAGAGGAGGAGGAGGAGUCACACCCGUGUAUAGUGGUGAAGUAUAGAGGAGGAGUCACACCUGUGUAUAGUGAUGUCUCUUAUAGAAGAUAUCUGAUAGAAGUUUAUUGGCAGACGCCCCCCGGGCCCCUCUAUACAGUCAGAGCUCACACAGGUUAUGGGAUAUCAGGUCCAUAUCACACAUCUCAGACAUGGCCCCGUGUAUAUGGAUCCAUCUCUGCCAUUCAUAUAAGGGGUCCGACCUCCAGGACCCUCGUCUCUAUACAGGAGCCCUUCAGUAUUUUUCCAGGUGGGUACUGCUCUUCAGUCCUACUCACUUGAUGGGUCUGGGCUGUAGUAUCGGUUCUAGUUGCCCGUAUAGCUGAGCCGCUGCCGCAGUGUACUAAAUGAAGGGGAUGGGUAGACCCACAGAACAUUGGGGGCCUAUCCUAAAAAAACUAAAGUCCUGAUAUACUCCCUUUAUAAGUGGAGCAUGAAUGCAUUAGUUCUUUGUGGUCUUUGGACCGUUUGGGUUCUAUACCCUGUGGUUGGUUGUAUCAUUGGUGGUCAGGUAGGUCAUUGGGCAGACGGUCCACGUAUUUCAGGAUGUUGGUUUUCUUUACUAGUUUUCAUUUCACAAGAUGAAACCGAUGUCGUGUGAGGGUUUCUGACCGCGCCCUUCACCUCUCAACCCAUGGUUUGAUGGUUGCUCAGAAUUAUCCGCACGCCUGACCUGGAGUCUCCAUACCAACCCAAAACAGAACGCGAGUCCUGACCCCCCAUGAUUGUCAGGCGUCCGUUGCCCAUCAUCACGUCUCCAAACGCUUUUGUUAUGGACAAUAGAAUAACUUUGUAAGUCAACAAUGUAAGUUGACUGGUUGCAGGGAGGAUUCCCGUAUCACACUAUGACUGCCUCCUCUACAACAAAUAAACUGGUCCGACCGGGUUCACACACAAAAAGCUUCAGUCCUAACGGGUCCCGGCAGUGAGUGGAGAGAGAGCAACAGGAGCAGAAACCAUGCAGCCCGUCUCCGUGCAGCCGGUUCAGGUCGGCCAAGCUAUGUCCAUCAACUUCGUGAAUACAAAUGAGUGGAGUUCGGGGGUCUGUGACUGUUGUCAGGACAUGGGCAUAUGCUGCUGCGCCUUCUGGUGUCUGCCAUGUUUCCAGUGUAAGACGGUCAGUGAUUUUGGAGAAUGUCUUUGCCUCCCCCUUCUGGACCCCGGAUGUCUUGGAUACUUUGGAACUACUCUAGCUUGCCCCCCGAUCUCACUGGCCAUGCGAGCUGCUGUCCGGGAACGAUAUCGUAUUAAGGGCGCCAUCUGCGAUGACUGCUGUAUGCUCUACUGCUGCUUCUCCUGCAGCUGGUGCCAGAUGGCUCGCGAGAUCAAGAAGAAGAAGCAGCCGGUCACCUUCAUGACAGCCCAGACGACUACUAUGGUGGGGCCAGGACAUCCUCAACCCUACCAAGCAUAUCCUCCUCCAACCUACUAGGCCCAAGUAGUCCAUCCACCAGGAGGAGCACCUUGUUGAGAUCCUGAAGAGACACCAUUGUGGAGGAGAUUUCUAGAGUAGCGAGUGCACGUGCCGUAUAGAACCCAACCAAUAAAUGUCUAUGGACAGGGAUCAGCAGUCACGAAGAGCAGUUUCAUCUACUAUUGAGGUCUACCCUCCGAAGAUCCCACUACAGACCACAACCAUGACCCAGAGAUUGGGGCUUCCUCCCUAUAAACAAUCAUCUUGUAAGAUUCUUCAUCAAUAAACCAA